UGUAACAAUGUCCGUAAUCUGAUUUUUCAGGAAAAACGUCUUUUCAGUUUACGUUAGAAACUUACAAAUACUUAAUUCAUGCUUAUUUUAAAUACAUUAACUAUUUUAAUUCAAGUAGUGUUUGUAGUGUUUAUGUCCUUAGUGUCUAUGAAUAUAAUACGAUAUUUUACAAGCUACAGAACUAUGACUGCUUUAGCGCCAGCAAUUUUCGUGAAUCACGGUGGUGGUCCGAUGCCACUUCUUGGAGACAAAGAACACGAAGGUUUGACUAUAUUUUUGAGAGACGAAAUUAAGAAGCAUUUAAAUUUAAAACAGAUAAAAGGGAUAAUAUUAGUUACCGCGCAUUGGGAAGAAAGCAAAGUGACCAUAUCCUCUGGUAAACAUCACGAUUUGUACUUUGACUACUACGGUUUUCCUCCCGAAUCGUAUAAAUACAAAUACGACGCACCUGGAAAUCCAGAACUGGCUGGUAAAUUAAAAAAAACAUUAGACAAUGCUGGCAUAGAGUCUAAACUAGAUCCAAAAAGAGGUUGGGACCACGGAGUAUUUGUUCCGAUGAUGUUGAUCAAUCCAGCGGCCGACAUACCUAUAAUUCAAGUAUCUGUUUUAAAUAAUCAAGACCCUGAAGAACAUUACAAGCUGGGGAAAGCUUUAUAUGAAUUUCGGAAAGAGGGAAUUGCAAUUUUAGGUUCAGGAAUGUCAUAUCACAAUAUGCGAGAAUUUAGAAAUAGUCGAAAUAAGAAACAAGUUGUUAAUAAAGAGUUUGAUGACUUUUUAAAUGAAGUCUGUACAGCCGAGAAUGAAGAUAAAAGAAGGACUGGUCUUAUAUCUUGGAGGUCACAACCAGGAGCUGAUGAAGCUCAUCCACCUAGAGCUGCUGAACAUUUCAUGCCGUUAAUUGUUAUAGCUGGUGCAGGAGGCUCUGCACCUGGUCAGAGGAUCUUUAACUGGGAUAUGGGUGGUACUUUUCGUUUAAGUGGUUUCAUCUGGAAGGGAUUAUAAUGAGACUAAUAGUUGAUUUCCGAGACUGUAAUCUUAGUAUAAAACAUAUUGUUAUCUCUGUUUUAUCAAAGAUAAUGAGGGAUGACAUUAUGUUUUUUUAUGUGGAUUUUGGUCUUGGAAACGACAAAUGUAAUUUUAUAGGUUAUAAGGAUAAAUGGGAUUUAGAUUAUUUCAAAAAAAGUUUUUUUUUAUUGGUAAACCAUACAUAGGGCAUUUUCAUUGAACUCCAGAAUUACAGUUAUGGUUGAUUAAAAUUUAGUUAACAUGCAACAAUUUUUGUUUUUUAAUUUAAUGGAAUUUUAUCAUAAUUUAUUUUAAU